CUGUAAUCGGUUCACACUGUCUUUUCCACACAAAGAACGAAAGAUUAACAUUUAAUCUUGCAGAAUGAAGAUUUUGUUUUUUGUCACUUUUCUCAUUGCUUUGUCCAAUGCAGAAAAAGUGUUUGAAGAAGAGUUUCAGAACUGGAAAAUGAAGUUUGCUAAGAGCUAUACGUCUGUAGAGGAGGAGAAUAAGCAUAAGAAAAACUGGUUUGAAAAUCUCAAACUCGUCAAAGAUCACAACAGGCUGGCAGACCAGGGCAUUAAGAGCUACAGACUUGGCAUGAACUACUUUGCAGACAUGGGUAAGCAGGAUUAUGCAGAGUCUGCAUUUAAGGGCUGCCUUGUCUUUAACAGCACCAAGAAACACAAUGGUGCAACAUUCGCUGGACUGAUAGGAGGAAGUGCUCUGCCAGAAACAGUGGACUGGAGAAAGGAGGGCUAUGUGACUCCUGUUGAGGACCAGAAGGAGUGCUUUUCUUGCUGGGCCUUUAGUGCGACUGGAGCACUGGAAGGUCAAACAUACAAGAAAACUGGGAAACUGGUGCCACUUAGCAAGCAGCAGCUGAUAGACUGCUCUACAAAAAACUGUGGCUGCAACGGUGGCGUGAUGAACUGGGCCUUUGAAUAUAUAAAAGAAAUUGAAGGAAUAAACACAGAGGAAUCCUACCCCUAUGAAGCCAAGAAUGGAUCUUGCAGAUAUAAUCCAGACACUGUUGGAGCCACCUGCAAUGGCUUUGUGGACAUAGACAGUGGAGAUGAGAAUGCUUUGAAGGAAGCCGUGGCCACCAUCGGACCCAUUUCUGUCGCCGUAGAUUCAGGCCACGUAUCCUUUAACCUCUAUGAGUCAGGCAUAUAUGAUGAACCUUAUUGUAGCAGCUCUGAACUGAGUCAUGCUGUCCUGGUUGUUGGUUAUGGCACUGAUGAUGGAAAGGAUUACUGGCUGGUUAAGAACAGCUGGGGUCUUGAUUGGGGUGAUAAAGGUUACAUCAAGAUGUACAGGAACAAGGACAACCAGUGUGGUAUUGCUACACAUGCCAGCUAUCCGCUGGUUUACAAUAAAACUCAGCGUGUUCAAUGUGAAGCUUGCUCUAUCAUCUUUAUGCUGGGAUGUUUAUUUUUGGGUUUCUUUUACUGUAAGAUCUAUAAAUCUGCAGAGGAGGAGUCUCAACGUAAGAAUACAUGGCUAGAAAAUCGCAAGCUGGUUCUGUUACACAACAUGUUGGCUGACCAGGGCAUUAUGAGCUACAGACUUGGCAUGACCUACUUUGCAGACAUGAACAACCAGGAAUACAGACAGUCUGCGUUUAAGGGCUGCCUAGGAGCCUUCAACAAGACCAAGAAACACAGUGCAGUAACUUUCCUCCGACAGGCAGGAGGAGCUGUUCUGCCAGAUACUGUUGACUGGAGGAACAAUGGCUAUGUGACUGAAGUUAAAAACCAGCUGCAGUGUGGUUCUUGCUGGGCCUUCAGUGCGACUGGGGCACUGGAGGGUCAGAUGUUCAGGAAAACUGCAAAUCUGGUGUCACUCAGCGAGCAGCAGCUAGUAGACUGCUCUUGGAAAUUUGGUAACAUGGGCUGUAAUGGAGGCUGGAUGGACUGGGCCUUUGAAUAUGUAUCUGUAAAUGGUGGAUUGGACACAGAAGACUCCUACACCUAUGAAGCUCAUGAUGGAUCUUGCAGAUAUAAUCCAGACACUGUUGGAGCCACGUGUACUGGCUUUGUGGACAUAAACAGUGGAGAUGAGAAUGCUUUGCAGGAAGCCGUGGCCACCAUCGGACCCAUUUCUGUCGCCAUAGAUGCAGGACACAUAUCCUUCCAGCUCUAUGAAUCAGGUGUCUAUGAUGAACCUGACUGUAGCAGCACCGAGCUGGAUCAUGGCGUCCUGGCUGUUGGUUAUGGGACUGAUAAUGGACAAGAUUACUGGCUGGUCAAGAACAGCUGGGGCCUUCAGUGGGGAAAUAACGGCUAUAUCAAGAUGUCAAGGAACAAGAAUAACCAAUGUGGCAUUGCCACAAAAUCCAGCUAUCCUCUGAGAGCACAACAGAAUCAGCACAGAGAACAUCUCAAUAUAGGCAAAAUGAGGGUUUUCAUAGCUAUCACUGCUCUCAUGGCUCUGGCCAGUGCAGCCAGCAUCUCUCUGGAAGACCUGGAGUUUCAUUCCUGGAAAUUAAAAUUUGGUAAGAGCUAUAAAUCUGUGGAGGAGGAGGCUCGGCGUAAGAUGACUUGGCUAGAAAAUCGCAAGCUGGUUCUGGUACACAACAUGCUGGCUGACCAGGGCAUUAUGAGCUACAGACUUGGCAUGACCUACUUUGCAGACAUGGAUAAUCAGGAGUACAGACAGUCUGUGUUUAAGGGCUGCCUGGGAUCCUUCAACAAGACCAAGAAACACAAUGCGGCUACAUUUCUCCGACAGGCAGGAGGAGCUGUUUUGCCAGAUUCUGUGGACUGGAGGGACAAGGGCUAUGUGACUGAGGUUAAAGACCAGAAGCAGUGUGGUUCUUGCUGGGCUUUCAGUGCGACAGGGUCACUGGAAGGUCAGACAUUUAGGAAGACAGGAAAGCUGGUGUCACUGAGUGAACAGCAGUUAGUGGACUGCUCCUGGAAAUAUGGGAACAUGGGAUGCAGCGGUGGCUUGAUGGACCAGGCUUUUGACUAUAUUAAGGACAACAAGGGAAUUGACACAGAAGACUCCUACCCUUAUGAAGCCACUGAUGGGGACUGCAGGUUUAAACCAGACACUGUGGGUGCCACCUGCACAGGCUACGUGGAUAUAACCAGUGAAGAUGAAAAUGCUCUACAGGAAGCUGUGGCAACCAUCGGACCCGUUUCCGUCGCUAUAGAUGCAGGCCACAUAUCCUUCCAGCUCUAUGUAUCUGGAAUCUACAAUGAGCCUGAAUGUAGCAGCAUGGACUUGGAUCAUGGUGUCUUGGCUGUUGGUUAUGGCAAGGAUAAUGGAAAAGACUACUGGCUGGUCAAGAACAGCUGGGGUCUCGAUUGGGGUGAUAACGGCUAUAUCAAGAUGUCCAAGAAUAAGAAAAACCAGUGUGGCAUUGCCACAGCAGCCAGCUAUCCUCUGGUUUAAAGGUGAUUGAAAAACGUCCAUUUGCAGCAUCUACACGGUCUGAUUAUGUAACACUAUGUAAUGGAAUCUGUGUAAAAGUAAAGUAAUUCUUUUUUUGGUGUAAAAUUGCUCUGUAUAGUAUUUUAGCUGAACCUUAGUUUCUACUCUUUCAUUAAGUGGGCAGAAAGCAUGGUUUGAAGAUAUACAGUGCAUGAGCAUGAAUGGAAUAAAUGGAAUACAAAAUUAUAGAAAUGUAUGAAAAAUAUUAAAAUACUGGACAUUUUUAAUACAAUACUUUCUUAAUACAGGAAAAAUAUUAAUAAAUGAAUGAAGUAGAA